CUUCCCUUAGGAUGGGAGAAAAAAAGAGGAUGGGGAGGGAAUGUAAAGCAAGGUAUUGCCUUGAACACUUCUCGGUGAUGUUUGAGAACUCAGUGCCCACGGAGAGUGGACAGCAGCCAUCAUGGUUUGGAGGGUUCUGUGUCUUCUCCUCUGUUUCUUCUUGAAGGAUGCCAUAGGAGGCAGAAAGAUGCCCAAACUGGCAGAGAGGAAACUCUGCGCAGACGAGGAAUGUAGCCGUAAGUAGACAAUAUGUAGAUAUCAUGCAAGAAUGAGUCGCUUGGACAGAAAAAAAAAUAAUUCCUGGUCCCUGAGCUCUGCUUGUCCCCUUCGUGUCCUCAGAUCCCAUCUCCAUGGCCGUGGCUUUAGCCGACUACAUCCCACCAGACUGUCGCUUCAUCCCCAUCCGACGUGGACAAACUAUCUACAUCUAUUCCAAGCUGAGAGGGAAAGGAAGAUUGUUCUGGUCUGGGAGCGUGAGUAAUUAUCACACAAAUACUGAGUAACUAUUACACUAAUACUGAGUAACUAUUACACUAAUACUGAGUAACUAUCACACUGAGUAACUAUUACACUAAUACUGAGUAACUAUUACACUAAUACUGAGUAACUAUUACACUAAUACUGAGUAACUAUUACACUAGUACUGAGUAACUAUUACACUGAGUAACUAUUACACUAAUACUGAGUAACUAUUACACUAAUACUGAGUAACUAUCACACUGAGUAACUAUUACACUAAUACCGAGUAACUAUCACACAAAUACUGAGUAACUAUUACACUAAUACUGAGUAACUAUUACACUGAGUAACUAUCACACUGAGUAAUUAUCACACAAAAACUGAGUAACUAUUACACUAAUACUGAGUAACUAUUACACUAAUACCGAGUAACUAUCACACAAAUACUGAGUAACUAUCACACUAAUACUGAGUAACUAUUACACUAAUACUGAGUAACUAUUACACUAAUACCGAGUAACUAUCACACAAAUACUGAGUAACUAUUACACUAAAUACUAAGUAACUAUCACACAAGUACUGAGUAACGAUCACACUGAGUAACUAUCACACUAACACUGAGUAAUUAUCACACUGAGUAAUUAUCACACUAAUACUGAGUAACUAUUACACUAAUACUGAGUAACUAUCACACUGAGUAACUAUUACACUAAUACUGAGUAACUAUCACACUGAGUAACUAUUACACUAAUACUGAGUAACUAUUACACUAAUACCGAGUAACUAUCACACAAAUACUGAGUAACUAUCACACAAAUACUGAGUAACUAUUACACUAAUACCGAGUAACUAUCACACUAAUACUGAGUAACUAUUACACUAAUACUGAGUAACUAUUACACUAAUACUGAGUAACUAUUACACUAGUACUGAGUAACUAUUACACUAGUACUGAGUAACUAUCACACAAAUACUGAGUAACUAUUACACUAAUACUGAGUAACUAUUACACUAAUACUGAGUAACUAUUACACUAGUACUGAGUAACUAUUACACUGAGUAACUAUUACACUAAUACUGAGUAACUAUUACACUAAUACUGAGUAACUAUCACACUGAGUAACUAUUACACUAAUACCGAGUAACUAUCACACAAAUACUGAGUAACUAUUACACUAAUACUGAGUAACUAUUACACUGAGUAACUAUCACACUGAGUAAUUAUCACACAAAAACUGAGUAACUAUUACACUAAUACUGAGUAACUAUUACACUAAUACCGAGUAACUAUCACACAAAUACUGAGUAACUAUCACACUAAUACUGAGUAACUAUUACACUAAUACUGAGUAACUAUUACACUAAUACCGAGUAACUAUCACACAAAUACUGAGUAACUAUUACACUAAUACUGAGUAACUAUUACACUGAGUAACUAUCACACUGAGUAAUUAUCACACAAAAACUGAGUAACUAUUACACUAAUACUGAGUAACUAUUACACUAAUACCGAGUAACUAUCACACAAAUACUGAGUAACUAUCACACUAAUACUGAGUAACUAUUACACUAAUACUGAGUAACUAUUACACUAAUACCGAGUAACUAUCACACAAAUACUGAGUAACUAUUACACUAAUACUGAGUAACUAUUACACUGAGUAACUAUCACACUGAGUAAUUAUCACACAAAAACUGAGUAACUAUCACACAAAUACUGAGUAACUAUUACACUAAUACCGAGUAACUAUCACACUGAGUAACUAUUACACUAAUACCGAGUAACUAUAACUAUCACACUAAUACUGAGUAACUAUUACACUAAUACUGAGUAACUAUUACACUAGUACUGAGUAACUAUUACACUAGUACUGAGUAACUAUCACACAAAUACUGAGUAACUAUUACACUAAUACUGAGUAACUAUUACACUAAUACUGAGUAACUAUUACACUAGUACUGAGUAACUAUUACACUAAUACUGAGUAACUAUCACACUGAGUAACUAUUACACUAAUACUGAGUAACUAUUACACUAAUACCGAGUAACUAUCACACAAAUACUGAGUAACUAUUACACUAAUACUGAGUAACUAUUACACUGAGUAACUAUCACACUGAGUAAUUAUCACACAAAAACUGAGUAACUAUCACACAAAUACUGAGUAACUAUUACACUAAUACCGAGUAACUAUCACACUGAGUAACUAUUACACUAAUACCGAGUAACUAUCACACAAAUACUGAGUAACUAUUACACUAAUACUGAGUAACUAUCACACUGAGUAACUAUUACACUAAUACUGAGUAACUAUUACACUAAUACUGAGUAACUAUUACACUAAUACUGAGUAACUAUCACACUGAGUAACUAUUACACUAAUACUGAGUAACUAUUACACUAAUACUGAGUAACUAUUACACUAAUACACAGUAACUAUCACACUAAUACUGAGUAAUACACACAGAUUAAAACAGCGCAGACACAGCACAGACACGGGCACAGAUACAGCGCAGACACAGAUACAGCACAGAUACGGCGCAAACACAACACAGACAGAGCACAGAUACAGCACAGGCACAGUACAGGCACAUAAACAGCACAGAUACAACGCAGACACAGCACGGACAUAGUGAAGAUACAGACACAGCACAGACGCAGUGCAGAUGCAGACACAGCAUAGACACAGCAUAGACACAGCGCAGACACAGUAUAGGCACAGAUACAGCACAAACACAAUGCAGACAGAGCACAGACACAGCGCAGACACAACACAGAUGCGACACUGACAUAGUGCAGACACAGUGCAGACUUAGCGCAGAUACAGACUCAGCGCAGAUAAAGCACAGACAGAGCACAGAUACAGCACAGAUACAACACAGACGCAGCCCAGACGUGGCACAAACACAGCACAGACACAGUGCAGAUACAGCACAGACUUAGUGUUAGUGCAGAUACAGACACAGCGCAGAUACAGCACAGACACAGUGCUGAAACAGCACAGAUACAGCGCAGACAAAGCACAGAUACAGCACAGACACCGGUCUCUGUGUUUUUCCAGGUUGAAGCUGAUUAUGGUGAGAGUGCGUCUCGGUUAGGAUAUUUCCCGAGCACCAUCGUCCAGGAGGAACAUUACCUCAUGCCCGGCAAGGUGGAGGUAAAGACUGAUGUAAGUUGCUCACAGUAAAUACCUACGAUCCCCAUUUACUAAACAUUCUCUGUGUUUGGCCAAGUAUUUACUUGGCUUGUACUUCCAGUUCCAGUGGUGAGGGCAAUGCCAAUCCUUAUCAGUAGAGGGCGCUGUAGAGCUCUGACCCAGUAUGUGAAUUGAGAGUAAGUUUCUGAUGUGGUCAGUGUGGGGUAGGGGCCAUGCGAGAGUUUGGGGGUAAGUCUUAUGGUCAACUGAUAUAAGAUAAGCACACAUUACUUUUUAUUUAGCCAUUUCUGAGCCACCUUCAAUGAGUUUAAAUAAAGCUGUGUCAGUAAAGACGAUGGGGCAGGUAAUGAGAAUAGAAGGUCACAGGAUGAUGGCAUACAGAGCCAUCCCCUGAAAGUAUAUUUUAGUUCUCGUAUACUGCGUAUACUGCAGGAGAAUGUCCUAGAGCUGUGCGUCUGAUUUGGAAGGGGACUGGCUGCCUGAUUCCCCAUCAUGUGUAGCAAGCGUCUGUGCCCUGGCUGUGCCCUGUGGAUCAGUGUGUGUAGGUCAGUGUAGGUCAGAGCUGGCCCAGUGCUUCCUCUUCCAGGGCUAUAGAUAUGGGAUGUAUGUUUCCAUCGAUUAGAUAAAACAUUAAUAAGGGCGACUGACCACGGUCCACGGUUCUUUUUUAUAUAAUUUUAAUUUAAAGCUGAAUAAAUGUAAAUUUUAUAAUAGAAGAUUAAUAGAUCUGUCCUCUCGAAGUAGUAAAUUAUUUAUUUCCAAGCUCCUUGUUAUAAAACUUUUUGAACCAUCCUUCUCUCUCUGUAUUAGGUGUGGGAUUUCAGCUGCCCCUGAUUACAGCCCAGACGCCAUGUUACACUGAACGUGUCGCAACUCGCCGUGGGAUAAACCUGGCACUCAGCGCGCUUCUGCCUUAUUCAAUCUUAUUUUUAUUAUUAUGUUACGGUUGAACAAUAAUCAAUAAAUAAUCAUAUCUGCUGGAAAUGCAUUCUGAUCCCUCACAA